AUGGCAUCUGAAAUGUUUUCCAGACCCUCUCCUCUUUGCAUUGGGAUGGAGGCUGUGGAGUCAUCUCAGGUAGGAGGGAUACUCUUUAUUGAUACAUAUAUAUAUUUAUUGAUAUAUAUACAGUGGUACCUCGGUUUUCAAGCAUCUCAGAAGCCAAACAUUUCGGUUUUCGAAUGCCAAAAACCUGGAAGUGAAUGCUUCCGUUUUCAAACGCGCCUCAGAAGUCGAACGGCUUCCGCUGCAUUUCUCCCCCUCAAAUUUCUCCUUUGACUUUGCCGACAGCCCAUUGUGCCUCGGUUGUCGAACGUUUCGGAAGUUGAACAGUCUUCUGGUUUGGAUUACGUUUGACAACAGAGGUACCACUGUACAGUUUUACCUUGGAUCUCAAACAGCUUGGCUCCUGAAUAAAUCGGCUCCCAAACAAUCAAAACCUGGAAGUGAGUAUUCUGGUUUUUUAACGUUCUUUGGGACCCAAAUGUCCAGUGGGGCUUCCAUGGCUUCCGAUUGGUUGCAGGAGCUUCCUCCAGCCAAUAGGAAGCUGUGCUUUGGUUUCUGAACAUUUUGGAAGUCAAACGGACUUCCGGAAUGGAUUCCCUUCGACUUCCAAGGUACGACUGUAUAUAUUUAUCCUGCUCUUCAGCCGAAAAAGGAUAAUAAUAAUAAUAAUAUCUUUAUUGUCAUUGCCCCCUCUCGGGGACAACGAAAUUACUUGGCUGCUCCAUCCACCCAGGUAGGGCACUCCACACAAAAUCAAAACAACUAUAAAAACACUAAUUAAAAGAAUACAGUAUAAUACAGCAAGGAAGGUUCGAUGACUUUCAAAGUCCAGGCUUCCCAUUCAGGGCUGAGAUCGCUCUGGAGAAGAAGCUCUUCUUAAGACGGCUCGUUCUUGUCUUCAUCGUCCUGUAUCUCCGUCCCGACGGCAGGAGCUCAAAGAGACAGUGACCAGGAUGCGAUGGAUCUUUUACUAUGUCCAGUGCCUUCCUAUGGCACCUUGUGGCAUAAAUCUGCUCUAAGGUGGAGAGUGGGCAGCCAACAAUGCUCUCUGCUGCCUUAACAACUCUGCACAGCCCCAUCCUGUCCUGGGUAGUACAGCUUCCGUACCACACACAUAAGCCAUAAGUGAGCACGCUCUCAAUGGCACAGUGAUAGAAGGAUCUCUGAGUAGCUUAUAGAUCCAUGAAAACAAUAAGGCUUUCCCCCUCAGGUUUGCAGUCUUAAAAAUAUUAUUGAUCAUAUUUUAUAUUUAAACUGCCCUUCAGCUGAAGUUUCCAAGCCAGUGUCCAAAAAUCCCUUCAAAUCAUUAGUGAGGGAGAAGCACUUUUCACACCCUGCCUGUGAAUAUUGAUGCGGAAAGGACAUUUCUUUUUAUUUUCCAGGGACCAGUGACUUUUGAGGAGGUGGCCCUCUAUUUCACGGAGGAGGAAUGGGCCCUGAUGCAGCCCAGCCAGAGGACUCUGUACAGGGAGGUGAUGCUGGAGAUUCUUGGGAUGGUGACCACCUUAGGUAAGUAUCCCUUUGGCCUUUAUUUAGAGAUGCUGAAGGUAUGAACUCCCCUCAGCAGUGCUUUUUGCCCAACAAAAAACAUCCAUCUCUGGGUGACAUGUCUCGCCCUUACAGAAGCCAUGCCAGUUCUGCAUGAGCAAGGCUUGUUCUUCUGUAUGCUUUGUAAUGUUGGGCAGGAUUCAUCUCACAAGACCCAUAAGAUGAAGCCCUGUGCAUGGACGUCUGCUUGUGCAACAGGGCUUCUGUGGUGGAUGGUGACAGCCCGAAGGCGAGCACUCCUCCUGCGAGUACUCAGGUCUCUCCUUCUCUCAGACCUUAGUCUCUGCAGCUCGGAAGAUGUCGGUGGGUUACCAGACCCAGGGGCCGCCUCAGCCUCUCCUGACCCAACAGGUAGUGGAGUAGCUGUAAGUGAUGGCCCAGUUGGAGGCAACGAGGUAAUCGCCACAUCUGGAGCCAGGGCAGGCUCAGGCCCCUGACUCGGCCCAGCUGGUGCUUGUUGCAGGGGGACCUGUGCAGACUGGGGCUCUUCAGAAUCAGCCCCCAGACUUAGGUUCAGAUGCCGCCUGAGGCAAAGGAUCCAGUGCAGACUGAGACUCCUCUGGUUCCGAGUCUGAGCCCGAGCCCCAGGCCAUCACACCUUCCAACAGUGGAGACAGAGGGUUGCCUUCGUGGUCCACGGAGGCAGAGCCUAACCUUCAUCCUGGGAAGCUGAUAGACUUGUCCUCCUACAACAAUCAGUUCUGCUUUUCCCUCGAUCAGAGGGUUUAUCCAGUUUUCUCCUUAUAUUCCAGCAGGUUACGUCUGGGAGAGUGAGAACGAGGGAGCAGAGUUGGGCGUGUCGUUGGAAACAGCCACGGGUCAGUACGGUGGGGAGAACUUGGAGGGUCAAGAUGGAGCAAAGAAGCAGGAGGAGAAACAAACUCAGACGCAGGGGGAGAAAUCUGCCGCUUUCCAGUAUGGUGACAGCGCCCCAAAACAACACACAACGUGCAGAGGAAAGAAAAGGAUUAAGUGUGCCGAGUGUGGAAGAGCCUUCAGUUGCCAGUCAGCAUUUAAUCUGCACCAGAGAACUCACACGGGAGAAAAGCCUUACAAGUGCCCACAAUGCGGAAAGAGCUUCAACAGGCACGACAACCUUGCUUCACAUCAGAGAAUUCACACCGGAGAGAAACCGUACGCCUGCUCAGUUUGUGGGAAACGGUUCAGCCACAGUGCAAGCCUUACUUCUCAUCAGAGAAUCCACACAGGGGAGAAACCGUAUAAAUGCUUGGAGUGUGGCAAGAGCUUCAGCCGGUGCGACUCCCUUACCUCCCAUCAGAGAAUCCACGCGGAAGAGAAACCAUAUAAAUGUGCCAUCUGCGGAAGGAGCUUCCGUCAGAGCGCAAGCCUCACUUGUCACCAGAGAAACCACACCGGGGAGAAGCCAUACAAAUGCCUGGAGUGCGGAAAGAGCUUCAGCUGGGAUAAGUCCCUUAUUGCACAUCAGAGAAUUCACACGGGGGAGAAACCGUACAAAUGCUUGGAGUGCGGAAAGAGAUUUAGGUGGAGCCGGCUUUUUACUGCUCAUCAACGCAUUCAUUCUGGAGAGAAACUAUAUCCGUGUGCAGACUUCGACGAAAGCUUCUGCCAGAACGCAAAUCUUUCUUCCUAUCAAAGAAUCCAUUCACUGGAAAAGCUGCGCAAGUGCUUCAUGUGCGGAAAGAGCUUGAGUCAGAACAACUCCCAGAUUUUGCAUCAAGGCUUACACCCGGGAGAGGAACUGUACAGUUGCUCAGAGUGUGAUGAGAGUCUAUCUUGCAAAUCGUAUCUUGUUAACCGUCACAUAAUUAAUGCUGGUGAGAAACAGUACGAGUGCGGAGGAAGUUGCGGCGCGAGCUCAGACCUUGCUUUCCAUCAAAUGGUUCACGCAAGGGAGAAAUUGUAUAAAUGUCUGGAGUGUGGGAAGAAGUUUGGCCGGAGCGACCACCUUCGUAGACAUCAGAUUAUCCACGCGAGGCAGGAGCAAUAG